GGCAGCGUGAUUGAUCUGGCCAGGUGGGGCGAGAUCCUCUGCAUCAGGAAUAGACACAGCUUAUACAGGUAGAAUGUCGACAGGACAGCAAGAAAGGGUAGGUCUGAUUUGCUAUAUACUGACACAGGUCCCUGCACCGCAAGGCCCGCUACCCAGCGUGCACCGUCUUAAGUAGUAGAUAGCCCCACAGUGAGCACUGAUCGACGAUCCCAGGGUGAACACUUUGGCCAGCUGACAGACAUUACAGGCUCCGGUCGACGGGCCCAUAAGAGCCCAUCUUGCGCAACACCGUGCGCCAUGACGACAGCGAAGAGCAUGUCCGCCGUUACUCGCAUGAUCAGGCCGAGGGUAAGAGGCUGAGAGGCCCCGAGAGUGCAUCAUACACACAUGCAUUCAUGACGCACAGGCACGUAUUGCACUUCAGGCCGGUCGUGUGCAUGCCCGAGUAGCAUAUUGGCCUCGUUCUGGCUGGCUCUGGCUGGCCGCCCUACCGGGAAUGGACGAGCGAUCGAUGAGCAGCAGUGAUAGACAAAGAGACGCAGAGAACCAGAAGCCACGUCCGCAUGAGCCGUCCGAGAGUCAAAACUGCCGCGUCCCGCGCGUUGUGUGCGCAACAGAGGCCGAGCGUCCACUGAGGGCCUGCAGGUUUCGUCGCCCAGAUAGACGCCCAGCACGCGUGCGCAAGGAAGCGCAUGACGAACGUGCAGCACAGAGCACAGAGCAGAGACGGGAUUGUGAGAACGCGAGUCUGCGUGUCGCCCGCGGGUCCGCAUAUACAUGAAGUCGGCCGAGCUCGUGCGUGAACCAGGAGAUGGUGCAAGCACCGACGCAUGUGGGUCGCAAAACCGGGUUUAACCACAGUGACGCAGACGCUCCGUCGUGGGUUUGUGGCGUCAUCACGGUACUGAGAUGCAGCGUCGCCCGCCCGUAGACAGUCAUCGAGCGCGUCGCGGCGGUGCGAGAAUUGGCCCAACGCUCCAGGACACACGUCGAGCCCCACAGCGUAUUGACGUGCCGCCCAAGCGAGAAGUCUGGUGCGCACAGCAAAAUCGAAAUACGAAUACGCCCAAGCGCGGGCUCCAGCCUCGCGUACGAUACGUCGCCGUUAUCUGCGCCGCUGAGCAGGACCCCGGCUAAUCCCCUAAGAGCUCUGAUCCCGCGCAGACCCUAUUUCGGGGGUAGAUAAGAUAAGAUUUGUCACGAUC